AUGUCGUACGUAAAUACUGUCUUUACGGAAGGUCCCUUGGAGGCUCAGGCCUUGGAGUUUGCUUCCUAUGUCUCAAAAUUAAAAGGUGAACCGGAAGAAAAAGGACCUUUUAUCACAGAAACAGAAAAUCUGUUAAAAGAAAAGAAUUUUGAACAAGUCUUACAAACGUUUGCUUCGUCUACAUUAAUAUUACUUGAAGCACCGGAAAAGGAAUUCGAAGCUAUAUAUAAUCUUCUCAUUGCCAUUUUAAAGUCGGCAUCACCCGAGACACAUCCAAUAUUAAUAAAAUCAUCCAUCAAGGCUCUUGUGGAAGUUCAAAACGAUAAGGCGAUUCCAAAACUCAAAGUUCUUCAGAAUCUUUAUAAUACUCUGGAAUAUAACUCAACACUAAGAUAUGAUGUAUUCCUUGCAAUUCUUGACAUUGCAACCAAAAAUGAUGAAAUUGAUACUUUGUUACCACAAUUGCAUCGACUGGACACUUGGGUAAAGGAAUGGGCAAUUUCUACAGAUCAAGUACGGGAAUUAUAUUUGACAGUUUCGGAUAAAUUGAAAGAAGCUGGCGAACUCAAACGAUCUCAUGACUUCCUGUUAAAACAUCUCGCCACCUAUUCUGCUUCCGAUGAUCUUUCUGCGGCCAAAACUGCAGCAAUUCGUGCAGUCACUGAAGCUAUUCAAUUACCCGAAAUUUUGAGCUUUGAAGAUUUACUCGAGUUACAUGCUAUACAAUGCUUGAAAAGUGAGGAAAAGCUCUUUGAUCUAUUAAAAGUCUUCUUGAGUGGGAAUUUAAGAGAAUAUCAAGAUUACGUUGCUGUAAAUCCUGGUGCCGUGGAAAAAUUUGGACUCUCUAAUGAGGAUAACAUACGUAAAAUUAGAUUAUUGACGUUGGCUUCUUUGGCAUCUGAGAAUGUUUCUCGAGAGAUCUCUUAUGAGACGAUAGCAAAAGCAUUAGAAAUUCAAGAAUCCGAAGUUGAAAUGUGGACAAUAGAUGUCAUUCGAGCUAAUUUAAUUGAAGCAAAAAUCAAUCAAGUUAAGAAGAAAAUCCUUGUUAACAGAUCCACAUAUCGAACAUUCACAACUGCUCAAUGGCAACAGUUAUCUUCUAAACUUGAUAGUUGGAAACAAUCUCUCACGGAUAUUUUGCAGGUCAUUGCUAAUGCGAAAUUAAUUGCUCAACCCUCUAAUUUAAAUUCAAAUAAUGCUGCUAGCUCAGCUGUAGUGGUUGUUGAUGGUGUAAAUGGUCAGGAAGAGGCUUCUGGAAGCUAA